UGCUGCAGGCUCACAGAAAGACACACAGACAGGAUGGACGUGAAGCUGCUGUUUCUGACUGUUGUUCUUCUCUCCUCACCGCUCCUCACACUAUGUGACCCACUAUUUGUUAUGUUAGCUCCUAAUUUGCUGCGGGUGGGUUCCUCAGAGAAUGUGUUUGUGGAGGCUCGUAAUUACUUUGAAAGAGACCUGAAUGUGAGGAUCUCUGUAAAGAACUUCCCAACAAAACAUGUGGAGAUACUGUCCAAAUCAGUGACACUGACUGCGGACAAGUACCAGUUACUUACAGAUAUAAAGAUCCCUGCUGAUCACAGUAUAUUUUCUGACAAUCCUCUGGAGAAGCAGUAUGUGUAUCUACAAGCUCAGUUUCCAACCAUCACUCUGGAGAAAGUGAUCAUGGUCUCAUUCCAGUCUGGAUAUAUAUUUAUACAAACAGACAAGCCCAUCUACACACCUGCUAGCACAGUUCAGUACAGGAUAUUCUCUCUUAUGCCCAGCAUGAAACCAUUCCAAACGAAUGUGUUUACAAAUGUGGAAAUCAUGAAUCCACAAGGUAUCACAGUUUCAUCAGAUAAAAUAUAUUCGGACAAAGGAAUGCAGUCCAGAACAUACACUAUUCCUGAGAUGGCCAGCUUUGGGAUCUGGAAGGUGGUCGCACAUUUUGUAAACACUCAGAAGAAAUUUACUGCAGACUUUGAGGUCAAAGAAUAUGUGCUUCCAACAUUUGAAGUGAAAUUAAAACCCAACAAGUCAUUCUUCCAUGUGAAAGAUCGGAGUCUGACGGUCAACAUUAAUGCCAAGUACAUGUUUGGACAGAAGGUGGAUGGAACUGCGUUUGUGGUGUUUGGUGUGAUGGAUGGUCAGAAAAAAACAAGUUUUCCUACAACUCUGCAAAGAGUUCAGAUCAGAAGUGGAGCAGGUAGUGCAGAACUGAACAAUCAGGCGAUCACAAACAUUGCAGAGCUGGUUGGACUAUCAAUCUAUGUUUCUGUCAGUGUUUUAACAGAAAGUGGCAGUGAAAUGGUGGAAGCAGAAAGGAGAGGCAUUCAGAUUGUGACGUCACCGUACACCAUCCACUUCCAAAAAACACCACACUUCUUCAAACCUGGAAUGCCCUUCGACGUCUCGGUCUAUGUAACAAAUCCUGACCAAACACCAGCUAAAAAUGUGGAAGUGGAGGUUAAUCCUGGAGCAAUCAAAAGUAAAACAAAAGCCAACGGCAUUGUGAAGGUUAUCGUCAACACUCAGGAAGGAACUUCAACACUGAAGAUCACUGCAAAGACCAAAGUUUCAGAAUUGGCUAAUGAUCAUCAGGCAGAGAAGACGAUGACGGCUCAGGCCUACCAGACCAAAGGCGGCUCUAAGAACUACCUGCACAUCAGCAUUUGUGCUGAGGAGCUUCAGAUUGGUGAUUCAGUGAAUGUCUUACUGAACACUGGAGAAAAAUUCACAGAUCAAGUUUAUACAUAUAUGAUCUUGAGUAAAGGUCAGAUCAUUCAUGCAGACAGGUUUAUGAGGAAAGAUCAAACUCUAGUGGCUCUGCCUGUGUCUGUAACCAAAGACAUGGUGCCAUCCUUCCGCUUUGUGGUUUAUUACCAUGUGGGCUCAUCUGAGGUGGUGUCUGAUUCAGUCUGGGUUGAUGUGAAGGACACAUGCAUGGGAAAGCUCGAGCUUAAGGUAAAGAAUGAGGGGCGGAAUUCUUAUAGCCCAAGAGAUGCAGUUGAGCUGCAGAUAACUGGAGAUCCUGGAGCUAAAGUUGGUCUGGUAGUGGUUGACAAGGCUGUGCAUGCCCUUAACAAGAACAGACUUACUCAGACUCAGAUCUGGGACGUCAUAGAGAAGAAUGACAUCGGCUGUACAGCAGGAGGUGGAAGGGACAGUAUGGGGGUUUUCACUGAUGCAGGUCUGAUGUUUGAGUCCAACACUGCAGGAGGAACCAACACCAGAACAGAGCCUGAGUGUUCUGUCCCUGCAAAGAGAAAACGAAGAGCUGAGAGUCUCCUGCAGAUCACUAGUACACUGGCUGGUCAAUACUCUGGUGAACUGAAGCAGUGCUGUGUUGAUGGAAUGAGGAGUAAUAAACUCGGCUACUCUUGUGAACGAAGAGCCACGUACAUAGUCGAUGGGGCAGAGUGUGUCAAGGUCUUCUUGCACUGCUGCAAUGAGAUGAAAACCCGCAAGGACUUGAAGACCGAAGAGGAGGAGCUGAUUCUGGCUCGCAGCGAUGAUGAUGAUGAGGAGGAUUAUACAGACUUUGAAGAUAUCGUGUCACGUACACAUUUCCCUGAGAGUUGGCUUUGGGAUGAGAUUAAGCUAUGUGAGACAUGUACAGAUACAAAAAAAAAGAUCUUACUGAAAGACUCUAUCACUACCUGGCAGAUCUUGGCUGUCAGUUUGUCACCAACACUCGGCAUCUGUGUGGCAGAACCUGAGGAGAUAGUCGUUCAUAAGAGCUUUUUCAUUGACCUCAAGAUGCCUUACUCAGCUGUGCGUGGUGAACAACUGGAAAUCAAGGCCAUUAUUCACAACUACACCCCUAAUGAUCUGAAGAAGGUUCGUGUGGAGUUCAUGGAGACAGAGGAUGUUUGUAACUUUGCCAGUAAGAAAGGCAAAUACAGAACGACUGUAAAUGUUGACAAAGGCUCCAGCAUAGGCAUUUCAUAUGUGAUAAUUCCCAUGACAGUGGGACAUCAUGAUAUUGAGGUGAAAGCUUAUAAAACUGACUAUCACGAUGGAGUGAAAAAGACGCUGAAGGUGGUGUCUGAGGGUGUGCUGACUUCAUUACAUGAGCAAAAUAUUGAGCUCAAUCCCAUUAAGAAUGGAGAAAAACCUAUACUCCUUAGAGCCGAAGUACCAGCUGAUCGGGUUCCAGACACACCUGCUAACACGUACAUCUCAAUUACUGGUGAAGACAUUGCUCAGACAGUUGAGAAAGCCAUCAGUGGAGACUUCAUGGGUCGCCUUAUUUUCCAACCCUAUGGAUGUGGAGAGCAAAAUAUGUACCAUAUGACACUUCCUCUCAUUGCCACUCAUUAUCUGGACAGCACCAAUCAGUGGGAAACUGUUGGCUUGGAGCGCCGUAAUGAAGCCAUCAGCCAUAUCGACACAGGUUAUCAAGGGCAGCUGAGAUACCGCAAAUCAGAUGGAUCUUACACCCCCUGGAGACAAUCGAUAAGCAGCACAUGGCUGACAGCAUAUGUAGCGAAAGUUUUCUCCAUAGCCAAUAAUUUAAUUGUAAUAGAGGCCAACGUGAUCUGCAGCGCCCUCAAGUGGCUGGUCCUAAACAGACAACAGCCAGAUGGCUCCUUUAAAGAGCACGCACCUGUACAUUCAAGAGGGAUGGUGGGUGGCAUAGAGAGCAAUGAUGCCGAUGCCUCUCUGACGGCUUUUGUUGUGAUUGCCAUGCAAGAGGGAAAAGAGAUCUGUGCUGAAUCAAGUCUGCGUGAAAGUAUCAGGAAGGCUGUUUCCUUCUUGGAAGGUCGACUUCCACAGCUGACCAAUCCUUACGCUGUUGCGUUGACGUCCUACGCCAUGGCCAAUGCCGGCAAACUCAAUAAAGACAUCUUGAUGAGACGCUCGACCCAGGAAGAUGACAGUCGGUACUGGACUGUCCCUGGACAGCAUCAUCACUCACUAGAGGCGACAGCUUAUGCUGUGCUGGCGCUUGUGAAGGCAAACGACUUUGAUAAAGCAGGAGUGGCAGUGCAAUGGUUGGCAAAACAACAGAGUCACUAUGGUGAAUAUGGCACCACACAGGCGACCAUUAUGGUGUUCCAGGCUGUGGCAGAGUAUCACAUGCAGGUGAAGGACCAACAUAUCUUUGAACUGAAUGUGGAGCUGUCCAUGGCAGGAAGAAGCAAACCUGUCAAAUGGACUUUGAAAAGAGAUAAUAUUCAUCAUACACGGACAGACAAGGUGGACAUAAGCAGGGACAUCACUGUAAUUGCUAGAGGAAAUGGAACAGCCACUCUCUCAGUUCUGAAGCUAUACUAUGCCAGACCUGUUCAAAAGAAGUCUGACUGUACAUUAUUUGAUCUGACUGUUAAAAUGGAGAAGAAACCUGAACCAAAUUCAGGAGCCAUUACAAGUUACGACUUCAUUAUGGAUUUCAUCUACAAAAAUGAUACAAUCAAUGCCACUAUGACUAUCCUGGACAUUGGUUUACCGACUGGAUUUGAUGUUGAUGAAAAUGAUCUUAAAGCGUUGUCUACAGGGAAGGACAGAUAUGUUCAGCAAUAUGAAAAGAAUAAACUGCUGUCAGAGCGAGGAUCCCUCAUCCUCUACGUAAAUAAGGUAUGUCAGCAAACUGCAUUAGCCAAUUCUUUUACAAACAGAUCUGUUUACAAAAAUGAUCUUUCAGAUCUUUUUUUUUUGAUCUGAAAGAAACAACAACAU